AUGAUUAUCAUUGUUAAUUUGCUAUUUAUUUUAGUCAACAGUUAAUAAGUAAUAUAAACAUUAGGCUAAUAAAUAACUAAGAAUGGAUUAGAAUACAAAAAUUCAAAAGGAUAAAAAUUUUCAAUUAGUAAAUCAUGCAGAUAAUUUGAAAAUGGAGAUCCAGUUUUAAACUCAAAAGUCGAUGAAUCUUAAUAUUACUUUUUAGUCAAAUUAACUUGUAAUGAUAUUGUAGAUGACGAGAAUUUUUUUAAUAAAGAGAGAGAUGAUGGAAAUUCAACUAUUGAUAAGGAUAAAAAAGUAGAUGAUAAAUCCCCUUAUUAUUGCACACUUAAUGUAACAUUUGAUAAUUCAGAACAUUGCUGCUGUCCUGAACGAAAGAAGUAAAUAAAUAUUUAAAUUAGUGGUUUUCAAUUUAAAAUCCUGAAUUGACA